AUGGAAGGGCAGCCUAAGACAUCUACACGCCCUGCGAGCGUUAUACCACGUCCUGCGAGCGGCAUUCCACGCCUUACUUCAAGGUUGCCUUUACCUACGACCACCGCAUCAAAAUCGAUCAAACCCUCACCUUCCCGAGACAGACUCCGAGCUGAUCCUGGCCUGGAUGAAAGCAGGUUGCGAAGACCAUCUCACAAUGCGCUCUUGAAAAAACCGACUUCGCACCAUCUGUCGCCACCUAAGCCGCAGGGUGAUCCUAUCCCAGCCCUAAAGCAAGAAGAUGUACAAAGCGGGGAAGACGACACGCAUGUUCCAGAGGAGGCGACCUCAACUGCCGGAGAUGAUGAUACUGCAUCAAUCGCAUCGGCCCAAGAAGCACGUGGUCGCCGUGGAAUACGCCCAUCACUGUCCGAACGUACACUUGAGACGCUAGCGCAACUUCCACCAUCACCGGCUUCGGUGAGAAGGCAGUCCAGCUUUUUCAAUGGCGGCAGUCCGGUACGAUCCCCAUCUUGUGCCCCGUCCAUUGUAUCCAACGUUUCAAGAUCGCCAUCGCAGGCAUCAUCAUAUGCACCGCCUGGUAACGAGCAAUGUGUAAGGCCUGCUUCGAAGCUGCGUCUUCCCUCGAAGGCUCGUAUUUCGACUGCUGGAUCUAUUUCUCCAGUCCACGGCUUCGAGGACAGCGUGAUCUCAUCAAGAUUGAAGCGGCUGUCACUUAGGCAAAGUACUGCAUCGGGGGACGGUGUCCCCUCAGACAUCAGUUCGCCGCCCAAGAAAAACAUACCCGAAAGACCAAUUGGCAACAAAGAUUCACCAAAACCCUCGCUUAUCCGCCCACCACCGGGAAAGGCCUCCGCAAAGUCCGCAAAGUCAAAUAUGGGUCCCCCAGAAAGACCCCUUCAAGUAAAGAAAACAAGAAAACCUCAAACAGGGCAGGUGUCUACCCGACGCUCUCCUUCGACAGGUUCAAGACAUGUGUCUACUUUUUCCAACAUGCUUGAUGACCUGUCCCCGGAGCAACAGGCAGAAAUUGAAGCUAGAAAAGCCUCCAAAUCGUCCAGUACGCUACGUGAAACCAUAGCAAAGGCAAAGGCUGCCCGCAAGGCGAUGGCGGCUGGUGAUCAGAAGGAGAAACCGCAAGAGCAAGUCUACCAGGCCCCGCCAAUCGAUGCGCCUCUCGAUUCGUGGGCAGGCGGCGACGACGAGGAUCCUUUCGGCCAACCGUCCCAGGGGUCUAACUCUUUGGUGAUGCGGAAGCGUGUACAGACAGCACGUGCAACCGGCCAAUUGAACAUUGCAGCGUUUUCUUUAAAGGAAAUCCCAAAAGAAGUGCUGACGAUGUACGACUAUGACCCAGAGAACUCCGCAAACUGGUUCGAAAACGUUGAUCUUGUCAAGUUUUAUGCCGCGGACAAUGAGCUGGAACAGAUUUCAGAUGAAACAUUCCCCGAUAUCAACCCCGAGGAGUUUGAUCCUGAUAGCGAUGAUCGAGGACUUCAAUUUGGGGGCCUUGAAACGCUGGAUCUCCAUGGAAACAUACUGAAGUCCCUCCCAAUGGGUCUUCGACGUUUGCAAAACUUACGCACCCUCAAUCUGUCGAAUAACUGUUUGGACAUGGCCCAUAUCGAGAUCAUCGCGGAGAUCAAAUCUCUGACCGAUCUGAAGCUUGCGAAUAAUCAACUGCAAGGGGAACUGACUGUCGUCAUUGGUCGUCUUUCUAGCUUGGAGUUUUUGGAUCUGCGUGGCAAUGCUCUCACCAAACUUCCAGAUGAGCUGGCUGGAUUGAGUUCUUUGAGAACAUUGGAUGUCAGUGAGAACAAGUUUACUUCUUUGCCGUUCGAGACCCUUUGUAAACUUCCUCUGAAAACGCUGAAUGCGCAGAAGAACAGACUCGAAGGCACUUUGAUACAUGCAUCAGUGACCAAGCUGGACACAUUGCAGUCACUAAAUAUUGCCAAUAAUGCUGUGAUGGUCUUCUCUGCGAAUGACGCGCUUGAACUUCCUGAUUUACAUACCCUCCUGAUCGGCGUCAAUCGCAUCACGCAUCUCCCACGCAUGACUUCCUGGCAGUCAUUAUUAACGCUGUCUGCCGAAGAAAAUAAAAUUGCAGAGCUUCCACAAGGGUUUGCCGAGCUCAAGAGUCUCAAGAAGGCAGAUUUUACAGGAAAUUCCCUCACGCACUUGGAUGAAAAGAUUGGAUUAAUGGAAAACCUUGCCUCUUUGCGGGUUUCCAAUAACCCACUUCGUGAGCGCAGGCUGCUGAGAAUGGACACCGACGAUAUCAAAAGAGACUUGCGGAGUCGCUCUGAGCCUGAUCCCCAGGACACAGAUGACGAGGGAUCAGUGGCCACCCAAUUCACCCUAGCGCCUGAGAGUCCCGAGCUUGAUCGCAGCUGGGAUAUUAAAUCCGGUGGGAUUCUUGACAAGUCUUAUGCCGGAAUGACCGACCUUAAGGUGGAACAAUUGGAGAUGAUUCCAUCACUAGACAUUCGGUGUCUUUAUUUGCAGCACAAUGAGCUGAGCUGUUUCCCGGCCCCCGCCAUUGGAAUGUUGGCACAGUGUCUGGUUGAGCUUGAUCUUUCACACAACCCCUUGAAGGGCGCUGAGUUCUUGUCUUCCCCGCUUGAAUUGCCAAAACUUCAGUCGCUGACUUUGAACGCGGGCGGCUUGACGUCAUGGGAGCCUCUCUUAUCCAACCUGAUAGCCCCAUCUUUGACCUUCUUGGAUGUAUCGCACAAUCGUUUGAAGGGACCACUCCCUCAUCUGAGACAUACAUACCCAGAGCUUAAGACCCUAGUGGCCUCUGACAACCAGAUUGCUAGUCUGGACUUCGAGGCCGCACAAGGAUUGCAGGUCUUGGAGCUAAGCAACAAUGAGCUUGAUUCGCUUCCCCCGAAGAUUGGCCUGCUGGCUGCUGGUCGCUCUCCUCAGAACUGGGGCAAUGGAUCGGCCUUGAGACGUUUCGAGGUGGCCGGCAAUCGAUUCCGAGUACCUCGCUGGCAGGUAGUUGCCAAAGGAACCGAUGCGAUUUUGGAAUUCUUGCGAGAGAGGAUUCCUGAUAGUGACCUGCCGGAAUGGGAGCAGGAACACAAAGCUCCCGAGGAAGAGUUCUAA